AUGUCAUACGAGGAAUACACAAGAUUAUUCGAAUUAAAUAAAUUAAUCAAAAAAUUGGAUGACACAAAAUAUGAAAAUUGCCAUGAACUAACUUUGGAUUUUUCCCGAUUAGUGAAUGAAACACACAAAGAAACAUUAAAAAAUAUUUGUUGCAAUCUUGAAUUAGGUUACACAUAUUUAACUGCACGCGGUGGAAAAACCUUAACUGAUUUGUGUAAGUAUUUAAAUCUCUGGCUAAAUAAAAAAAAGAGAACACAUGUCAAUUCUGGAAUUACUGAAGGAGAAUGGCAGACUGUUGAAAAUUUGUGGAUAACAUUAAUGCAAAGACAGACUACUGAUCAUAAAUGUGAAAGAAAACCCGAAGAAAAGAGUAUAUCCGAAUAUAGUAAGCGCUUAGAUUUGAUGUCUUACUGUAUAAAUAGAGAUUAUUUUAAAAGGUUAUGUCAAUCUCCUGUAGGAUCCGAUGAUUAUAAAGCGCAAAAAUGUAAAGGAUUUUCCGACUAUACACAUGAUAAUUAUAAAAAAUUGAUUAAAGACGUAAAAUGCAUUGAUAAAAAAAGUGACAACAAUGAUUAUAAAUACUACAUUUCUGAUGAUUGUACUCUAUAUGAUAUUCCUAGAACAUUUCCUAAAUGCGAAGCACAUAGUCCAACUUUUGUAGAGAAUGAUAAUUCUAAAACGAAUAUAAUGUGCGAAACUACUGAACAAGUAGAAAGUGGUGGCACUGAAUCAAGUGAAAAUCUCGCUGAACAUACUGAAAGAAACGGUGCUCUAGAUAAUCAUCCUGACAUACCUGAUGAUCCCGCUAAACGACCAGAAACACCUCGUGGUCCCGUUAAACUUCCUGAGGCAACUGGUGCUUCCGAAGACCUUACUGAAUUAUAUCUCCCAUCACCGACAAACGUAAAUUCAAUCGAUAACGGAACAUCGAAAUCUAUCUACUAUGCUGGAUUAUCAGCAUUAGGAGUUUUUUUCACUUCCAUGGUUUUGUAUAAAUACACACCCCUUGGAUCGUUCAUCCGUUCUUUAGUAAGUAAAAAGGAAAAAUUAAGGCAAACUACUAAUAAACAUUUAGCUCAACAGUGGCUGCAAAGAACAUCAGAAUAUAUGGAUCCUAAUUCAGAAAAUGCCCAUUAUAAUUUUCCUUAUCAUAAUAUUCAAAAUGAAUUUCCUCAUAAUCGUUAA